GUAUUUUUGGCGAGGGGAAUGACACUCCCGCGAUGAGCUCGCGAUUUAGCCUCGAUGACCACGAUUUUCCUCGAUUAGACGCGAUGAGCGCGAUUUGGUGCGAUGAGCGCGAUUUCAUCGCGAUGUGAGCGCGAUUUGAAAAAAUCUCACGAUUUGAGCUGUCAACUGCUCGAAUGAGUUCGGCAACCAUAAAAUGACAUUUCACGCUGACAUUUGAUUCGAGCAGUGAAAAAGCAAAACAAAAACAUGAAACACGUGGGAAAAUGAUGGAGGACGAUGACGGAUUUUCUACCUACCCAAGAAGCGGAUUGAAUAUUCCCGUGCGGAGGUCUUCCGUUUGUUGUGUUGUGGUACGAUCCGUGCAAUCGGUGGUUCUGCAUCCCCGCCGGGGUCCACGUCCGCAUCCAGUACGGCCACGAGCAGUGCCGCGAGUAGCCUGGUUUCCAGUGGAUGUAGCGGUGGUAGCUCGGGAAUUUGUGCCGGAAGUAUCUUUUCAAUCUCGGGUGGCGGUGGAGGAGACUGGUAGCAACAAUAGAAGUUUGUCCGGCAGUACGGUUGGAGGAAUUAGCAGCAGCAACAGAUGCCGAACUGCCCGAUCUGUCGUGAAUCUUUUAAGAGGUCACUUGUGACUUCCGGUCGGACCUACUGUCCACGCCUGAGUUUGUCCAGGUUCACCAGCCCGUUUCCAACAUCAUUCAGCACAUGGCUGGCAGCAGUUUAUCGCCGUCGUGGUCGUUUGUCCAAACAACAAACAAGAGCUGGUGGAGUGCACGAUAUUGAAGCCGAUUCGGACGAGCAUCUGCAGAUAUUCAACAUUGAUGACUCGGCGAACAAAACCAUGUCGGAGUGCGUCGGCGGAAUCUACCCCACGCUGGACGAACCGUUUGAGACGUUCAACCCGAAGGAUGGUUCGGUGGUGGCGAUGGACGACUCGCGGGAACGGCCUCCAACUACGAGUGGGGCAAGUGCAUUGACGAGGUAA